AUGUCCACCGACAAGACUGGCCAUGUUUUAUCCCUGCCCAGUGCUUAUUUAAUCGCUCGAUCGCGUGCUCAUCGUAAGAGGCCAUUGCCACAGGCUGCAGGGCUCAAUGAGACACCUCAAGAAUCAGAUUCCUUCAAAACGUAUGCCUUAGAUUUCGAAGAUCCUGAUAAUCCUUCGUCGGCAAAUCUGUCUCCAGACGUUUUGUCCUACUGUAAGAAAGCCCGCUUACUGGGAUCAAAUCAGUCCCCGGAUGUGCUCACAAAAGGAUUACUCGAAGGACUGGUUACUUACACUAAGAAUGAUGACUUUGUGAAGAUUUUGCUAUGCGACCCAGAUUUCCCCGGCCUUCUGCAUUUCUUGGUCAGAUUGGCAUUAGGCAGUUACCAUCCAGUUCCACAAACUCAGGAAUCGAGCCUUAACAAGGUCAUAUCACUGCUUGAUCAUCCGGAGAUCGCCCCAAAUGAAUGGCCGACAGAUGUUGUUACAAAUACACCUAGUACGCUAUCGCAACCUGAACGAACCCCGCUAUCGGACAUGCUACGAACUACGGAAUCCCAUCCUGAGUAUCCGGUUCAUCUGCUGGUGGCCAACAUACUAGCUAACGCGUCGCGUUAUUUGCCAAACAAUCACGUUUUGCUUAACGAAGAAGUUGAAAAGUUAUUAACCACCUGGUGCAACUCUCCCAGUCUACAUCUUUUGUUGCUGGGUGCUAAAAUCCGCUUCAAUUUAUGCGCAUCGCAAUCAAAAUCGAAAGUUCCGCAUGCGACCGAUGGUGAGAAAUCCGAAACAUGCAAACCUGUUUAUUAUCCGGAUAUAUUUAGACUCGACAAACCAAUUCAAUCUGGUAACGGCGAUCUAUUCCAGGACGAUUAUGAUGUGGAUAUCAUUUUUGUUCAUGGCAUGCGUGGCAGCGUGUUCUACACGUGGCGUCAGAACGAGUCUCUGAUCGAAGUCAACGAAAUCGGCCAGUCGACUCAUUCUAAAUGCUGGCCUCGUGAUUGGUUGUCAUCCGACUUCCCUCGAGCUCGGGUUCUGGGUAUCGACACUUCGUUAUCUCCUUUCAUUUGGAAUCCAAUUUGUCCGGUAGACCGUCUCAAAGCCGGUAGUUUGUUACUACAUGUGACCUUGAUGACUGGUUCAUCUCUCACGCGUACCUUGGCUGGUGGCAGUUGA